UCGCAGGUCCCAGGCCUCUGGAGGGCUUCACGACGUCCUCCAGAGUGACCCGGCGGGAGAGAACGGAGACAGAGGCCGGAACUCUGCCCCGCCGCUGUGGAGCAGCGCUCCGAGCCCACGAACCCACAGCACUGGUCAGCACCGGGUAGUACCGACCUGUGCCUAGGAGACCAGACUGCCGCACCUCGGACUACUAAGUCUCUGUGACUUCCCCAAGUCCUCAGUUUAGAAGCCCAAGUCAGUUUCCCCAGUGCACGACCUUUCCCAUCUGUAGCUCUUCAACCAUUACAGAGUGAUUACUUGGUCUGAGGAGAAAACAAAAUCCAGUAUUCAGCACUUGACUUUGGAGUUUAAUGGGAGGGGUACGGAAGGACCACAGAGGUUCUGCGGGAGCUCAGCCGCGACCUGCUGGACAGAGGCUUGUCUUCAGCAAGAUGGUGACUGAUCUUUAGAAUCUUUCCAGCUUCAGGUUUCCUAUGCGGUUUGAAUUCACCGUACAGCGUUGAUCUGGGAAGCCAGAUGAGAUCAGAUUUAGGGGAGAUGGGUGAGCAGACCGUGAUGCUCUAGAAACGCCCAGAAAUGCAGCUUCUGAAAGGUCACUGUCGGCUUUCUUCCCUGAAGCGGUUAUUACCUCAGAUGGCCGCUUGGAGCAUUAGAGAAGUCAGGCCAACCCUGGCAAGAUUAGACAUAGGAAGAUGUUCUGGUAGUGCCAUUUCUCUCUGCUCGAGGAAGAAACCCCUUUCGCCGAGAGGCUCAUCUGGAGGUGAUUCUCCAGCAACAUGAGAAGACAGUGUAAGCCUUGGAACCCAGACCCUUUUAAGAGGAGGAAAGCUGCUUUCUGCGGUGAAGGAUGGCCAAACCCACUCUGAGAGGAAAUGACGCUAACUCUGAAACCUUACAGCAGCUCUUCAGGAGAUUCCAUUACCAGGAGGUGGCUGGGCCCCGGGAGGCUUUCAGCCCACUCUGGGAACUUUGCUGUCGGUGGCUAAGGCCGGAGGUGCGCACCAAGGAGCAGAAUGUAGAAUUGUUGGUGUUGGAGCAGUUUCUGACUGUUCUACCUGGGGAGAUCCAGAAUUGGGUACAGGAACAAUGUCCAGAAAAUGGAGAAGAGGCAGUGACUCUGGUAGAAGAUUUAGAAAGAGAGCCUGGAAGACCUGGACAUUCGGUCAUAGUCUCUGUGAAGGGGCAGGAAAUGCACUCGGAGAAGAUGACACCCCUGAAAUCAUCACAGGAAUUAUUAAGUAUUCUGCAAAAGUCAGUGGAACCUCAGCCCAGGGGUGUAUCCAAGAAAGAGAGGGCAAGAAUCUCAGCCCUGGGACUACAGGAGCAGAUGAACCCAAAGGAGAAACUCAGACCUUUUCAAAGGAGCGGAUUUCAAUUUCCUAAAUCCAAUGUGGUCUCCAGGUUGGAGCAGAGAAAACCAUGGAUUCCAGAUCAGCUGGGUUCCAAAGAGAAGGAAGUCUCAAAAAGCAAUAGCAUAGAAGUCAGACAAGUUUGUGCUGAUCCAUUACCAUCCAAGAGAGAGAGAAGCUGGGCGGAACAGGAUCACUGGGGCUUUGAUGAGAAGGUGGUGGGUAUGCACUGGGGCCAUGAAGAAACUAGAACUCUCCUCGCAAUUCUCAGUCAGACUGAAUUUUAUGAGGCUCUCCAGAACUGUCAUAGAAACAGCCAGGUGUGUGGGGCUGUAGCUGAGUGGCUCCAUGAGUAUGGCUUCCUCCGGACACUGGAACAAUGCCGAACCAAGUUCAAAGGUCUUCAGAAGAGCUACAGGAAAGUCAAGAGUGGUCAUCCACCUGACACCUACCCCUUCUUUGACGAGAUGGAAGCCCUGAUGAGUGCCCAGGUCAUUGCACUGCCCUGCAAUGGUCUGGAAGAGGCAGUCUCUCAUUUGGGCCAGGCAGACAGUGAUACUGAGACCGAGGGGCCAGUCCAGGGGGCCUGGCAGCAUGUGGCGGGAGAAGAGGCUAUGACUGAGGAGUCUGACAAUGAUGAAAUGGACCUGGAGGCAACUUCCCAGGACCCUGACAACUCAACUGCAUCUGUCCUGUUCCGGAGCCCAAGUGGAGUACACUGGGGCUAUGAAGAAACCAAGACAUACCUUGCAGUUCUUGGUGACACUCAGUUUUAUGAAGCCCUCCGGAAAUGUCACCAAAAUAGCCAGUUAUAUGGAGCAGCUGCUGAGAGAUUAUGGGAAUAUGGCUUCCUUAGGACCCCAGAGCAGUGUCAGACCAAAUUUAAAAGCCUACAAAUCAGCUACGGGAAAGUCAAGAAUGGCCAAGCACCAGAGACUUGCCCCUUCUUUGAGGAAAUGGAUACUUUGGUGGGUGCCCGGGUAGCUGCUCCAUCUAGUGAUGACCAGGGAAAGGAAACAGCUUCUUGCUCUCUCCAGGGACCCAGUGAGGCUAAGGCUGAGAAGCAAGCUGAGGACACAGGAGAGGCCAUAGGAGAAGAUUCUGAUGAUGAUGAUCCUGAGAUACCUCCAGGGACUGUUCUAACCCAUGCCCCAGUCUUAUUCCAGAGCCCCAGGAAUUUUGAGUCUAUGUUUGACAAUGAAGAGAAUCCAAAAUGAGGUAUUUCUGAGGAAGUACAACUGCAUAGGACAUUACUAGCCAGGUCUGAAAGGAAAAUUCUCUGUCGACAUGUUAAUCAAUAUAAAGCCAGUGAGAAUGAAUUCACCAGAAAGUGGGAAAAGGCUUAAAGAGAGAAAAAAGGAAAACUGACACUCCCACAGAAGAGUUUAGGUAAAGUCCUAAUUCAUUAAAGAUCAGGCUUGGGAGAGAGAGCCUAUAAAUAUCUCAGAUAUGGCAAAAGCUUUGGUGCAAACUCUCAUCUCAUGCAUCAGGUAUCCCAUCAGGUAGAAAAUCCAUAUAAAUGUGCUGACUUUGGGAAAAGCUUCAGUCGGAGUGCCCGCCUUAUACACCGAAGAAUCCACAGUGGAGAAAAACCUUGUAAAUGUCUUGACUGUGGGAAAAGUUUCCAUGACAGUUCUAAUUUCAUUACCCAUCGGAGAAUCCACACAGGAGAAAAACCUUAUCAAUGUGGUAAAUGUGGAAAACGCUUUAAUCAGAGCUCAAGCCUUAUAAUUCACCAGAGAACCCACACUGGAGAAAAGCCUUAUCAAUGUGAAGAAUGUGAAAAAAGCUUUAAUAAUAGUUCUCAUUUCAGUUCACAUCGAAGGAUACACACAGGAGAGAGACCCCAUGUGUGUCCUGACUGUGGUAAGAGUUUCAGUAAGAGUUCUGACUUGCGUGCACAUCACAGAACCCACACAGGAGAGAAAUCUUAUGGGUGUCAUGAUUGUGGCAAGUGCUUCAGUAAAAGCUCUGCCCUUAAUAAACACCAAGAAAUCCAUACCCGAGAAAAGCUUCUGUCAUGGUCAGUGCCUAAGUAAGCUCCUGAGGAAGGGCCUCAAUAAAGUCUUCCAAUAGUGAA